AUGGACAUUAUCAAAGUGGACAUUUCUCAAGUUUUGGCAGAAUUUGUAUUCAUUUAUUCUGUAUUGUUAUUUGUAGGUCAUGGAACAAAGGGAGUAUUUGAACUUCUAUCAGGAUGGCGGAGAACCAGAGAGAACCUGCCCUUCAAAGACAGGGUUGCAGAUGCCUAUUCUGAUGUGAUGGUCACCUACACCAUGACCAGCUCCUUGUACUUCAUUACGUUUGGUAUGGGCGCCAGCCCUUUCACCAACAUUGAGGCCGUGAAGGUCUUCUGUCAGAACAUGUGUGUCUCCAUCCUAUUGAACUACUUCUACAUUUUCUCUUUCUUUGGCUCCUGCCUGGUCUUUGCUGGCCAACUAGAGCAGAACCGUUACCACAGCAUCUUCUGCUGCAAAAUUCCUUCUGCAGAAUACCUAGAUCGUAAGCCUGUCUGGUUCCAGACGGUGAUGAGUGAUGGACAUCAACAGACUUCUCAUCAUGAGACCAACCCCUACCAGAACCACUUCAUUCAGCAUUUUCUCCGGGAACAUUAUAAUGAAUGGAUCACAAAUAUCUACGUGAAGCCAUUUGUUGUCAUCCUCUAUCUCAUUUAUGCUUCCUUUUCCUUUAUGGGCUGUCUGCAGAUCAGUGAUGGGGCCAACAUCAUCAGCCUGCUUGCCAGUGACUCCCCAAGCGUCUCCUAUGCCAUCCUGCAGCAAGAGUACUUCAGCAAUUAUAGUCCAGUCAUUGGAUUCUAUGUAUAUGAGCCUCUUGAGUACUGGAAUGGCACUGUCCAGGAAGACUUAAGAAGACUUUGCAGCGGCUUCACUGCAGUGUCUUGGGUUGAACAAUAUUACCAGUUCCUGAAAGUCAGCAACAUCAGUGCGAGUAACAAGAGUGACUUCAUAAGUGUCCUGCAAAACUCCUUUUUAAAAAAGUCAGAGUUCCAGCACUUCCGAAAUGAUAUUAUUUUCUCCAAGGCAGGAGAUGAAAGCAAUAUCAUUGCUUCUCGCUUGUAUCUGGUGGCCAGAACUAGCAGAGACAAGCAGAAGGAAGUAAUACAAGUACUUGAUAAACUCAGGCCCCUAUCUCUGGCCAAGAGCAUUCGGUUCAUUGUGUUCAAUCCUUCCUUUGUUUUCAUGGAUCACUAUGGCUUGUCUGUCACCAUGCCUGUCCUGAUUGCUGGCUUUGGAGUCCUAUUAAUAUUAAUUUUAACUUUCUUCUUAGUGAUCCAUCCUCUGGGAAAUUUCUGGCUAAUUCUCAGUGUCACCUCAAUAGAGUUGGGCGUUCUGGGCUUAAUGACUCUGUGGAACGUAGACAUGGAUUGCAUUUCUAUCUUGUGCCUUAUCUACACUUUAAAUUUUUCCAUUGAUCACUGUGCACCCCUGCUUUACACAUUUGUAUUAGCAACUGAGCACACCCGAACUCAGUGUAUCAAAAGUUCCCUACAAGAGCAUGGGACAGCCAUUUUGCAAAAUGUUACUUCUUUUCUUAUUGGGUUGGUCCCCCUCCUGUUUGUGCCUUCGAACUUGACCUUCACACUGUUCAAAUGCUUGCUGCUCACCGGGAGUUGCACGCUUCUGCACUGUUUUGUUAUCUUACCUGUUUUCCUAACUUUCUUCCCCCCCUCCAAAAAACACCACAAGAAAAAGAAACGUGCUAAACGAAAGGAGCGGGAAGAAAUUGAGUGCAUAGAAAUCCAAGAGAAUCCUGAUCACGUCACAACUGUCUGAGAAGCUUAGACAAACUGAAUUAAUUUUUUUUUCCCAAAUGUCGCACAGAGAUGCAGGGAAGCUCAGACCUCAGCUGCUUGGGCUGGCCAAAUGUAACAAAGCAAGCCAGAUUCAGAGUGGAUUAGUUACAAUACAUCAAAGUGCCAGAUUUUUUCUAGGGUGGGGUGGAAAUAAGAGUUCAGUUUUUUUGUUUGUUUUCGGAAAAGGAAUUCUCUUUGGAAUCUUGGUCUUCAUUAUAGACUAGUUUCUGGAAGUAAUUGUGAAAUUCUGCAAGAGAAUCUGUGAAUUAGUAAUAUAUCAGAUGGAAGGUCAAAAAAGUUAUUUUUGAAAAGACUUAGAAUUGUUGUUGGGGGAAGCAUUUAAAAAGGGAAGGGGAGGGGGAAAAAGGAAUUAUCAAAAAUUGCCAUGGCACUUUUCAUAUUUGUUUUCUGAACAGAUUGGUCAAAGGAAACCUAUGCACUUGGGAAGUAGAUACUUAAGUCUAAACCAAAGGACUUCCCAAUUCAUUUUCUGUGUAUGUGUAUAUAUAUAUAUAUAUGUUUA